CAUUCUCUCCUUGCUCAGCCUGUAGGGUUUUGAAAACAUAAACUCUCUUCCUCGGGAUCAGACCCGACACCUGAGAGACAUUGCGUGCACGGGAGUCUUGGUCCCGAGAAGAACUACUACUACCUUCUUCCUCUUCUCACAUUUGUCUGCUGCUUUCUUACAACUUCAUUUCCGCCUCCCUUUUUUUGCACUUCGCCACGCCCCGAUUCAACUGCUGUAUCCAAGAUCCAUCCAUCACUUGUAUUAUUUUCCAUACAUCUCAUCAAGCAGGUGUGAGACGAAGAAACCAAUUGACUGAGAGAUCAUGAAUACGUUUUCACACGUUCCUCCGGGCUUCCGUUUCCAUCCUACCGACGAAGAACUCGUCGACUAUUAUCUCCGGAGGAAGAUCACUAACAGGAGUAUCGACAUGGACGUCAUCAAAGAUAUUGAUCUCUACAAAAUUGAGCCCUGGGAUCUCCAAGAGCUAUGCAGAAUAGGAACGGAAGAGCAAAACGAAUGGUACUUUUUCAGCCACAAAGACAAGAAAUAUCCAACGGGAACACGCACGAAUCGAGCCACAGCAGCCGGGUUCUGGAAAGCAACCGGCCGCGAUAAGGCCAUCUACUCCAAGCAUGACUUGAUCGGAAUGAGAAAAACCCUAGUUUUCUACAAAGGCCGAGCUCCAAAUGGCCAGAAAUCAGACUGGAUCAUGCACGAAUAUCGCCUCGAAACAGACGAAAACGGAACCCCUCAGGAAGAAGGAUGGGUGGUAUGCAGGGUUUUCAAGAAGAGGAUCGCGACGACGCAGAAAAUGAGCGAGCACGAUUCUCCAGUGUGGUACGAGGAUCAUGUCUCCUUCAUGCCGGAUAUGGAAUCACCUAAACAGCAGACGUUCAAUCCGAAUCUCUCAUACAACAGCUAUCCUUACAAGAAGGAAAUGUCAUUGCAGUACGGAAUCCCGGCCGACCACUUCCUCCAGCUGCCCCUUCUAGAAAGCCCUAAGGUUCUUCAGCCUCCCUCCUCCAUCAACUGCCGCUCCUCCGGCUUCGGUAACCACCACCAACACCUCGAUCAAGGUUACCCCUCAGCAUUCAGGAACACGAACGACCAAUCUGGGGAUCAGGUGACAGAUUGGAGGGUUCUCGACAAGUUCGUGGCGUCGCAGCUCAGCCAUGAGGAGGUUUCUAAGGACAAUGAGACUUUUCCGGCUGCUGAGGAGGCCGGUCUGAUUUCCGGGGAUUUGAGCAAGCCAGAGAAUGCAACCACCUCGUCUUCCAGUUGUCAGAUUGAUCUGUGGAAGUGAUCGAAUGGUGGAAGUGUGGCAAUCGAUUAUACUGUUUCUUGUAAAUAAUAAAACUGAUAAUAUGACCUAGCUAUUGAUCUUGCAAUACGUACUACUACUAUAGAAGCUAAAUUAAAAAAAAAAAGUGGGCCGAAAAAACUUAGUACAUAUGUUAUUCUUGUAAGAUAAUUUGAAGUGGUCCGAGGAAGCUAGCCUUGGCUGCUGCAUGAGUUGAAACGGCAGCGUUUGCCUAUUUGUUUUGAUCUCAUAUAACCACAGAGAUGUUUAUGUUGUAAUUGUGGUUGCAGAAGAUCAUCUGUGUAAUGCCUCUGUAUUCAUCGGUGCAAUAUAUAUUUCCCUUUUCUAUUAUUGUAAAAA